UUCUAGGGGAAAAUACAAAAAGAAUUAGUGAUCAUUGAAGUAUUAAACCUGGGGUUGGACAAACCUAGGAUGGUUCGACUUGAAGACUCUGGAGCUACUGACUUUCGAAGAUGCUUUUUCCACUUGAAUCCAUUUGCUCUUGCUGUGGUCUCCCUUCUCAGUGCCUGCUUGAUCACCUGUUCUCUAGGAGGACCAGAGAAGGGGCUGCGGCUGGCGGCUGGCAAGAACAGGUGUGCUGGGAGAGUGGAGGUGAAAGUCCAGGAGGAAUGGGGAACCGUGUGUAACAACGACUGGGACAUGAAUGAGGUCUCCGUGGUUUGUAAGCAACUGGGAUGUCCAACUGCUAUCACGGGCACUGGCUGGACUAAUUUCAGUGCCGGUUCUGGACGCAUUUGGAUGGAUCAUGUUUCUUGUCGAGGGAACGAAUCAGCUCUCUGGAACUGCAAACAUGAAGGGUGGGGAAAGCAUAACUGUACUCACCAAAAGGAUGCUGGAAUCACCUGUUCAGAUGGAUCUGAUGUGGAGAUGAGGCUGACGAACGGAGGAAAUCGGUGCUUAGGAAGAUUAGAAGUCAAAUUCCAAGAAAAGUGGGGGACAGUGUGUGAUGAUAACUUCAACAUAGAUCAUGCGUCUGUGGUCUGUAAACAACUUGAAUGUGGAAGUGCUGUCAGUUUCUCUGGCUCAGCGAGUUUUGGAGAAGGCUCUGGACCAAUCUGGCUUGAUGACCUCCUGUGCCAUGGAAAUGAGUCAGCUCUCUGGAACUGCAAGCACCAAGGAUGGGGAAAGCACAACUGCGAUCAUGCUGAGGACGUUGCAGUGAUUUGCUUAGAAGGAGCAGAUCUAAGCCUGAGAGUGGUAGAAGGCACCACGAAAUGUUCAGGACGAUUGGAAGUGAAAUUCCAAGGAGAAUGGGGCACGGUGUGUGAUGACAGCUGGGACAGUAAUGAUGCUGCUGUGGCUUGUAGACAACUGGGAUGCCCACAUGUCAGGACUGGGAUUGGCCGUGUUAAUGCCAGUGAGGGAGCUGGACCCAUUUGGCUUGAUAGCGUUUCUUGCCAAGGGCAUGAAUCUACUCUCUGGCAGUGUAGACACCGAGAAUGGGGGAAGCAUUAUUGCAAUCAUAAUGAAGAUGCUGGUGUGACAUGUUCCGAUGGAUCAGAUCUGGAGCUGAAACUUGUAGGUGGGGGCAGUCGCUGUGCUGGAACGGUGGAGGUGAAAAUUCAGAACUUGGUCGGGAAGGUGUGCAACAGAAGCAGUGGAAUGAAGGAAGCCAAUGUGAUUUGUCAACAGCUGAAAUGUGGCUCUGCACUUAAAACUUCCUACCAAGCUUAUUCCAAAGUCAAGGCCACAAACAUGUGGCUGUUUCUAAGCAGUUGUAAUGGAAAUGAAACAUCUGUUUGGGACUGCAAGAAUUGGCAAUGGGGUGGACUCUCCUGUGAUCACUAUGAAGAAGCCAGAAUUACCUGUUCAGCCCACAGGGAACCCAGAUUGGUCGGAGGGGACAUGCCCUGCUCUGGUCGUGUUGAGGUGAAACAUGGAGAUGCAUGGGGCACCGUCUGUGAUUCCGACUUCUCUCUUGAAGCUGCCAAUGUGCUGUGCAGGCAGUUACAGUGUGGCAGGGCCAUCUCUAUCUUGGGAGGGGCUCACUUUGGAAAAGGAACUGGAGAGAUCUGGGCUGAAGAAUUCCAGUGUCGGGGCGAUGAGUCCCAUCUCUCUCUCUGCCCAGUAGCCCCUCGCCCAACCGGGACUUGUAGCCACAACAGGGAUGUUGGCGUCAUCUGUUCAAGAUACACAGAAAUGCACUUGGUGGAUGGCAAGACCUCUUGUGAAGGAAGAGUGGAGAUGAAGAUGUUCGGGACCUGGGGGCCCCUCUGCAACUCCCACUGGGACAUGGAAGAUGCCCAUGUCAUUUGCAAGCAGCUUAAAUGUGGAAUCGCCCUUUCUGUCCCCGGAGGAGCACAUUUUGGGAAAGGAAAUGGGCAGAUCCGGAGGCAUGUGUUUCACUGCCUUGGGACUGAGCAGCACAUGGGAGAUUGUCCAGUCACUGCACUGGGGGCACCACUUUGUUCCGCCGGGGAAGUGGCUUCAGUCAUCUGCUCAGGAAACCAGACCCAGACAGUACAGCUGUGCAACACAUCCUCCUCGGAUCCAACGAGCGCUCCCCCCACGCUGGAAGAAAGUGCUGCUGUCUGCAUAGGGAGUGGUCAACUUCGCCUGGUCAAUGGAGGCGGUCGCUGUGCUGGGAGAGUGGAGGUCAACCAUGAGGGCUCCUGGGGCACCGUCUGCGAUGACAGCUGGGAUAUGAAUGAGGCCCAUGUGGUGUGCAGACAGCUGGCCUGUGGAGUGGCCAUUAAUGCCACAACCGCAGGUCAUUUUGGGGAAGGGACGGGACCCAUCUGGCUGGAUGAGCUGGACUGCAGUGGAAAAGAAUCUCACAUUUGGCAGUGCCGUUCACACGGCUGGGGGCGACACAACUGUAGGCAUAAAGAAGAUGCAGGAGUGAUAUGCUCAGAGUUCAUGGCUCUGAGGCUGGCCAGCAAGACCAGCCGAGAGUCCUGUGCAGGGCGUCUGGAGGUGUUUUACAAUGGAGCCUGGGGCGGCGUUGGCAGUAGUGAGAUGUCUCCAACCACAGUGGGAGUCGUAUGCAGGCAACUGGGCUGUGCAGACAAAGGGAGUGUCAGUCCUGCACCUUCAGACACGACCUUACCCAGGCCCAUGUGGGUGGACCAUGUUCAAUGUCCAAAAGGACCUGACACAUUGUGGCAGUGUUCAUCAUCUCCAUGGAAGAGGAGAAUGUCUAACCCUUCAGAAGAGACCUGGAUCACAUGCGCCAACAAGAUAAGACUUCAAGAAGGGGCCAAUAACUGCUCUGGACGUGUGGAAAUCUGGCAUGGAGGCUCCUGGGGGACUGUGUGCGAUGACUCCUGGGACUUGAAAGAUGCAGAAGUGGUGUGUCAACAGCUGGGCUGUGGCUCAGCUUCAAAGGCACUAAAGGAAGCACACUUUGGUCCAGGCACUGGACCCAUCUGGCUCAAUGAAGUGAAGUGCAGAGGAAAUGAGACUUCCUUGUGGAAUUGUCCGGCCAGACCGUGGGGGCACAGUGACUGUGGACACAAGGAGGAUGCCGGUGUGGAGUGUUUAGGAAUUGCAGUGACCAGAACAUCACCAGUUUCCACAGGUCACUCCGCCUCCAUUGUCCUGGGCAUCCUGGGAGUCAUGUUCUUGGCCCUUCUCAUUGCAUUCCUCCUGUGGAAGCAGAAGCGAAGACUGCAACAGCGACUUACAGUGUCAUCCAGAGGAGAAAAUUCUGUCCACCAAAUUCAAUACCGGGAGAUGAAUUCUUCCCUGAAGGAAGAUGAUCUGGACCUGGUGAAUUCCUCAGGUAACCAUUCUGAAGCAUACUAAAGAGGAAAAUGCGAAUUGGUAGCCCAGUGAGUUCAGCCUUUAAGAUACCUUCGUGAAGACCUGGAUUAUUGAAUGGAGCAAGAAUCCACUCACUGAAGAUUACUGUUGUGUCUCCAGGGACCUCUUAGUCUCCUCGUAUGCCAGAGACUGCUGCUGGAUUUAUAAAAAUGAAAUUGGUGAAUGUGACUCCUUAUUGUUGUAUAUAAGUCUUUGAAGAGGAUUAAAUAAAAAUAAUAUUGCUGGUUUGCUGGUUUAUUUUGCCUUAA